CAGCCGUGGGCUUGGGUUGAUGAGCUCGUUGGUCGUAGUCAGUUGAGGCAGUGAGUGACGAGCGCGUGUGUGCGCCGGGAGACCGCCAUCAUGAGCAUGAACAAGUUUUUUCAGCCCAAGAAUGCGCUGAAGCGCGCCGAGGACUUGGAGGCUGUCGGCAAGCCAAACCUUGCUCUGGAGACACUGCACGAUCUUUUGAACUCGUCCAAACACAAGAAGCAAUGGACUGCUGUUCACGAAGAGAUUAUGAUCAAGUUUCUUGACCUGUGCAUGCAGCUCAAGCGCGCCCCCGAGGCCAAGGACGGUCUCUAUCAGUUCAAGAUUGUUACCGGCACGUCUGCCGUCAACUCGCUCGAGAAGGUGGUUCGCUAUUACCUCAAGACUGCCGAGGACAAGGUGGCCGAGGCGUGGCAACAGUCGCAGCUCCGCGAUGCCACCAACGUCAACGAUGAGAUCGAUGACCUGGAGGAGGCCCAGACGCCCGAGCAGGUCUUGCUGGCGGCAGUCUCGGCUGAUGGCGAGACGGAGCGUGCCAACCGUGUCCAGCUCAUGCCUUGGCUCCGGUAUCUCUGGGAGGCCUACCGUGCCGUCCUUGAGCUUCUCCGUCACCACAGCAAGAUGGAGCAUGCCUAUCAUGCCACUGCUCGUCAGGCCAUGCGCUUUUGCCACCAGUAUGAGCGCCGCAAUGAGUUUCGUCGUCUCUGCAACAUGCUCAGCCUGCACUUGAACCAAUGGCGCACGCCUUACCAGAGCAAGUCGGGCCAGGCUGGCAUUGAUAUUAACAACCCCCAGACCAUCCAGUACUCCCUUGAUACCCGCUUUGAGCUCAUCUCCUACGCUGGUAAGCUGGAGCAAUGGCAGGAGGCCUUCCGUGCUAUGGAGGAGGUGACGGGUCUGCUUGACUCGGCUCCCGAAAAGCCCAGCCCGCCGGUGUGGGGCAUUUACUACCACAAGCUGGCCCAGAUUUUCUGGCGCUCAAAGGACUAUGCCUUCCACGCCGCUGCUUGGCAUCAAAUGUUCGACAACGCCAUUCGCAACGCCAAGAGCUUCAACCGUGACGACAUCCAGUAUGCUGCCAGUGCCGUUCUCUUGGCCUCGCUCACAGUCCCUCUUGCCAAUCUGGACACCAUGGUCAAACCCAUGGAGGGCUAUCUCCCUGAAGUCCGUGCCAGCCGUCAACAGCGCCUGGCCGGUCUCUUGGGCCUCAGCCGCAUGCCUUCGCGCGACGAGUUGCUCCAGUACAUGUUUGACCUCAACGUCAUGACCUACGUCCACCCAGCGCUGAAGGACCUCUACAACCUGGUGGAGGACGAGUUUGAUCCCCUGCAACUGUCACAAAAGGCAGCCCCUGUUCUUGAGUUUCUCAAGAGCCACGAGCAGUUUGCUCAGUACGUGACUCCCCUCAAGUACAUCCUGCUUCUUCGUCUCUUGAAACAGCUGUCCCAGUUGUACUCCAGCCUGAAGCUUGAGCGCUGCUUCAAGCUGGCUUCCUUCAUGACUCCAGAGGAGUGUGAGGAGGUUCUGGUGCACGCCGUGCAGGACAAGGUGUUGCAGCUGCGCAUUGACCACGCCCGUGGUUCGCUGCACUUCAACAACAACAUUUUUGCUUUCAACGAGCGCCAGGUCAACGACGGACCCAAGCUGCAAAACCUUCAGGCUGAGAUGAUGAACGGCCAGUUGACUACGCUGAGCCGCCGUCUGUACACUGCCAUCAACAUGAUCAAGCCCGCGGUUGUCCAAGAGUCCCAGAUGGGCGUUAAGGCCAUCAAUCGUAUCAAGGAUGAAGUGGCCCGUGAGCAUGUCAGCAACCUGUCUCGUCGCGACGAGAUUGAGAAGCAAAAGGAGGAGCUUGAGCAGUCUCGUCGUCGUCGCCACCAGGAGCAAAUGCAAAAGCACCACCAAAACCAGAUGCAAGUGCGUCAAAAGAUGGCUGAGGCCGUCAAGAAGAACCAAGAGGAGCUCGAGCGUCAAAAGCUUCAGCUUCAGCGCGAGGAGAUUGAGCGCCAAAAGGCUCUUGAGGCUCUCAAUGACGUGUCGAGCAGCUCAGCUGGCCAAAAGGUGGUCCAGGCUCUUAACAAGAGCGACCUGGGUACCAAGAUUACUGCGCAAGACAUCCACAAGAUGGCCUACGAGCAACAAAAGAAGGAUGCCCGCGAACGCCAAGAGCGCCUGCGCGCCGAGGAAAAGCGGCUGGAUCACAUGGAGCGUGCCAAGCGCUUGCGCGAAAUUCCGCGCCGCAAGGAACACAUUGCCGCCAUGUCCGAGCAAAACGCCAAGUGGCACACCGAGCUGCAGUCGGCUCGCCUCGAGAAGGCUCGUGUGGACCACGCGAAGGCCCUCGGCCUCAAGGAAUUGUUGAAGGCCUUUGCUCCUGACAAGGAUGCUUACAUUGAGGAAAAGACUGCCGAGCGCCGCAAGGAGUACAUGGCCAAGUUGGAUGACUUUAAGCAGCGUAUGCAGGAGCAGAAGAUUCGUUUGGAACGCGAGGAGCGUGAGCGCAAGCGUGAGGAGAAGCGCCGUGCUGAAGAAGAGGAGCAACGCCGCAUUAAACAAGAGGAGGAAGACCGCAAGCAGCGUGAGCGUGAGGCUAAACGCGAGCAGGAGCGUCAAGAGCAGCUCAAGCUCGAGGAGGCUGAGCGCAAGAAAAUGGAGGAGGCAACCAAGCUGCAGCGCCAGCGCGAGGAGCAAGUGCGCGCUCGCGAGCAGGAGAAGCUUUCAAAUUUGAGUGCCCAGACGUCUCAACCAACCUGGAAGCGCUCCGCGCGCUCGGAUGCGCCCACGACGGCUGCGCCGUCAUCGAUGCGCGUUUCGUCAUGGAAGGGUGAUGCCUCGGACGAUUCCGGUCGCUCCCAGCCUUUCCGUCCCUCUCGUGGCGGCGAGCGGGACUCAGGCCGUUCAUUCUCUGGUCUUGGUGAUCGUGGUGAUCGUGCUCCCCGUGAUACGGGCCGUUCAUUCUCUGGUCUUGGCGAUCGUGGUGAUCGUGCUCCCCGUGAUACGGGCCGUUCGUUCUCCGGUCUUGGUGAUCGUGCCCCCCGUGACUUUUCGGGUCGUUCGGAGCCUAGCCGCUCAGGCCCUCGCGACUUUUCUGGUCGUUCAGAGGCGGGUCGAACAUCGGGUGAGCGCCGAGCGCUGCAUGUCCCGUCUGGUGGCGCGGACAAACCCAGUGGCGAUAACGUUUGGCGUUCAUCUCGUGGGGCUGGCUCGGAGCGCCGGGUCAACAUUCCCAGCCGCGGUGAUGACAAGAACUAGACUUGACAGGCUUGAUUGAUUGGUCAAUGCCCGCUCCUUGUGACGGAGGCCCAUGUAUGCUAGCGGCUUCACGCGCGAGCAGGGCACCACCCUCUCCAUUGCCGUACCUUCUCUUUGUUUUUUUGCCAUGGGCUUAUUUUUGUUCAAUCCUUGCCUUUUUUUUAAUCCGACCUACGAAUUUGG